GCACCUUCCCGCCUUAAACCCGCUCUCCUCCCGAGAGUCGAGAGCCCUCGCCGUCCUCCGGUUCCUCUCCCCACUCCCAUUUCUCGGCAUUAUUUUUAUUCGGAUUAAUUCGUCUGUGUUUUUGGAGAAGCACAAGUCGGUCCCAAGUCGCGAGGGUUUAAUCUGGUGGCGGCUUAUGGUAGAAGGGAUGGUCGUCGCCGUGGCGAACGGGGUGAAGGUGGAAGCCGACGCCGCCGCCGCCACUACUGCGGAUUCUCCUAAAUCCGUCCUGGAGGACAAGAAAACUUCUGAAGGAAAGAAUGGGAACUCUUCCCUUGCAACAGAUCCAAUUAAGCAAGAGGUGGCUGAUGAUUUUGUGGAUGCAAGCUCGUCCCUGCCUGCUGAGUUCGAGGUCAAUAGCGGUGAUGUGCAUCCUGUCAUUAAGGCAGUGAAGGAGGAAAAGCAGCUACUGAAGCCAGUCAAGGAGGAGAAAGCUGAUGAUUUCGUGGAAGCAAGUUCUACUAUACCUAUUGAAGUUGAGGCCAACAAUGGCGAUGCAUCCCUGAUCACAGAAGCAAUGAAAAAGGAAGAAGAGCAGCUUGAGGAGGCCCGGAUUAAGGCAGAGGACGAAGAGGAAGCCAGGAAGAGGGAAGAAGCUGCAAGCCUUGCUUUUGAUCCUGAGGCACGGUAUAACAAGUUAGAUGAGCUGCUGACGAAGACUCAGCUCUUUUCGGAGUUUCUAUUUGAGAAGAUGGAUCAAAUCACUGAUCAGGAAGGUGUUGAAACUCAAGCUGAAGAGCCGCCGGUAGAAGAGAAGAAGAAGGGACGUGGCCGAAAGAGGAAAGGCAAUGCUGCGCCACAGUACAAUGAUAAGAAGGCUAGGACGGCAGUGGCAGCCAUGCUUACAAGAUCUCGUGAAGAUCGACAUGCUGAUGAUUGUACUCUCUCAGAAGAAGAAAGGUGGGAAAAAGAGCAGGCCAAUCUUGUGCCAUUAUUGACUGGCGGAAAAUUGAAGUCAUACCAGAUAAAGGGUGUGAAGUGGCUAAUAUCAUUGUGGCAGAAUGGACUGAAUGGGAUACUGGCUGAUCAAAUGGGCCUUGGGAAAACAAUCCAGACAAUUGGAUUUCUUGCUCAUCUGAAAGGGAAAGGCAUGCAUGGCCCAUACUUGAUAAUCGCUCCUCUGUCCACUCUCUCGAAUUGGGUGAAUGAGAUCUCAAGGUUUACUCCUUCUCUGGCUAGUAUCAUUUAUCAUGGAGAUAAAGUGGCCCGGGCAGAGAUAAGAAGAAAAUUCAUGCCCAAAAAUAUAGGCCCUGAUUUUCCAAUAGUAGUGACUUCAUACGAGAUGACCAUGUCAGAUGCUAGAUUACUUGCUCACUAUAAGUGGAAGUAUGUUGUUGUAGAUGAGGGACAUCGGUUGAAAAAUUCUAAGUGUAAAUUAUUGAGAGAGAUAAAGCGCAUACCAAUGGAAAAUAAGCUACUUUUGACUGGGACACCCCUUCAGAAUAAUCUGGCAGAGCUUUGGUCACUAUUGAACUUUAUUUUGCCUGAUAUUUUCUCAUCACAUGAGGAAUUUGAAUCAUGGUUUGAUUUUUCUGCGAAAGGAAAUGAAGAAGAACAAGAAGAAACUAAGGAGAAAAGAAGGGUCCAUGUUGUUUCGAAGCUUCAUGCCAUUUUGCGUCCAUUCCUUCUAAGGCGGAUGAAGGAGGAUGUAGAGCAGAUGCUUCCACGAAAGAAAGAGAUAAUCAUUUAUGCUAAUAUGACUGAACAUCAGAAGCGAAUCCAGGAUCACUUGGUUGAGAAAACAUUUGAUGUCUACUUGAAUGAAGAAUCAGAUAUCGUGUUGCGGAGACCUGGCAUUAAGGCAAAGCUAAAUAAUCUCUUCAUUCAACUGAGGAAGAAUUGCAACCAUCCUGAUCUUUUGGAAUCUGCAGUCGGAGCAAUAAGCCUGUAUCCACCUGUUAAUAAGCUUCUAGAACAAUGCGGCAAGUUUCAGCUUCUGGACAGGUUAUUAAAUUCCCUACUCUCGCGAAAGCACAAGGUUCUGAUAUUCUCACAAUGGACAAAAGUAUUGGACAUUAUUGAGUAUUACCUAGAUUCAAAAGGCCUUGAGGCUUGCAGAAUUGAUGGUCAGGUUAAGUUGGACGAGAGGUGGCGGCAGAUAGCAGAAUUUAAUGACCCGAACAGCAGCUUAAAUAUCUUCAUUCUGAGCACACGGGCUGGUGGACUUGGUAUCAACCUUACUUCUGCUGAUACCUGUAUCCUAUAUGACAGUGACUGGAAUCCUCAGAUGGAUCUGCAGGCCAUGGAUCGAUGCCACCGGAUUGGUCAAACACGGUCAGUGCAUGUGUAUAGGCUGGCAACAUCACAUUCUGUUGAGGGACGGAUGAUCAGGAAAGCUUUUGGAAAGUUGAAGCUAGAGCAUGUGGUGAUAGGGAAGGGACAAUUUGAACAAGAAAGGGCAAAGCCUAACGUCUUAGAUGAGGCGGAGCUGCUGGCGCUGCUCAGGGACGAGCAGGACGAGGCAGACAGGAUGAUCCAGACGGACAUUAGCGACGAAGACCUCUUGAAGCUGAUGGACCGGAGCGACCUGUCCGGACCACCUGUUGCUACAGACGCCGCUCCUCUUAUCCCUCUGAAAGGCCCUGGCUGGGAAGUCGUGGUGACCACGAAAAGCGGCGGCGGCAUGCUCUCGUCGCUCACCAGCUGAGCGCCGCCGCAAUGUUAGCUAUGACGACGAGGUGCUUGUUGGCCGCAGGUCAGGCCAUAUUUUGCAUAUAUAUAUGUGCCCCAAGUAACAAUUGAACUGGGUGUUGCGCCUGCAGCAGUAGAUUAGGCGAUGUUGUGAUAUUGGAGUACUUGUAAGCUGCGUUCUGACUUCAGCAGUGUGCUGUUCCGUUGCCGUAUUUCACAUGCGACUUCGUUCACGAC